AUGGCGACACCCGAAGCAGGCAACCGGCGCAGCAAGCCGUCGACGGUGCUCAAGGCUUUUGUGAACAAGACACACAAGCGUACCAUCUCGGACGGCAUGGAGCUGAAGAAGAACCAAGCUUUCAACGCCCCGUACACGCCUGUCUCCAACUUCCAGGCGCCAUUGCUACCUCCAGACCACCCGCACAGCCAACUCCGGGCUGGCACGCGCACCGAGAACAUUCCUCUCAAUCCGCCGUCCCCGCAAAAGUCUCAAGACGCCAAGCAGAGCCGCCCGAAGAGCCUGCACAAGAAGACGCUCAGCUCCGUCUCGCUACGGUCACUGGCGAAGAAGGAAGAGAAGCCAAAGGACAAGAAGUCGAUGGAUGUGAGGCGGCCGCGUGAGGAGGAGGUUAUGGGAGAGAAGCCAAAGAAGACCAAGUCGUCGACCAACCUGGCUGCCAUGUUCGGCAAGGGCAGGUCGAAGGAGCGGUCCCAGUCGCCCGCGAAGCAGCCCAGAGACAAGGAGAACACGACACCACCCAACUCUGCGAACGCCUCCGAACCCCCGCGUCCUCCCAUCUGGGCCGAGUUCAGCUCGACCCCACUGCAGGAAGUCACCACCACAAGCCGAGUGCCGUUGAACGACCACCGAAGGAGUGUCGAAGACGAGAUUGCGCUGUAUACACCCCAGCAGUACUCUCCGACCAAGCAGCGCAACUUCUUCGAUUAUGGGCAGCCGUCGCUACAACAGAAACCCGCCGCGAAAGAGCGACCCAAGUCGAUGGUCGUUCCUAAGAGCACCUCCACCGGCCUGCUCGAGACCUUCACCCGCAAGAAGAGCGGUGAUCGAGUGCCAUUGUCGGAUACCAAGGGCAACGAGGGUAGGAGCAGGGACCCUUCUCCGUCCAAGCAUUCGGCCGUGAGACCACCAAUGGGCCGCUCCAGCACCGAUACCAGCAGGAAGGACGAGAAGGCAAGGCCCGCGCCUCAGCCCGCUCCAGCGGCAAAGAAGCCUAACAGGGUCAUGGCUGCUGUUGCUGCCUUCAAUGGCAAGUCCAGGCAGAUGGAAGCUCCGAGUUCGCCCACCAAGCUUGACCCGCAGACGGUGGAUGCCGAGUUUGAAGAAGUUUUGAUGCGGACACUGAAGCUCGAGGUUAAGGCUGACUUUGUUCGCAUGCACAAACUUGACACCCCAUCAGCAUCAAGGACCGCGUCUGCCCACUCAUCCAUUGGUGAAAGCGAUGGUAGGCCCACACAGAAGCCUGGUCACACGAGGAGCAACAAGUCACGAGACGAAGCAAUGGAAGAAGAGAACGUCACCUCACCAACGGACAAGCCGGGCUCAUCUAAGCGCGAGCGCCCGCGAAGCAGGACCUUCACAUUCAGCCGGAGUGAUUCUCCCACCAAGAAACAGAAGCCGGACGCCAACGAGAGGAAGACAUCCUCCAAGGCGGUAAACAUACCCAAGUCGCCUUCCACGAGGUCACUGGCGUCAACUUCUUCGGAUCGGUCCGUAUCGAAUGGAGUGAAGUCUGUAAAGGCAGAUGAGUUCAUCAAGUACCUCAAGAAGACGCCGAAGCCAGGCAACGUUGAGGUCGGCAAGCUGCACAAGCUCCGAUUGCUGCUCCGAAACGAGACAGUCGAUUGGGUCGACAACUUCAUCCUAGAGGGUGGCAUGACUGAGCUGGUCGCUCUCCUCCACCGCAUCAUGGAGAUUGAGUGGCGCGAGGAUCACGAGGACACUCUUCUUCAUGAGCUUCUUCGAUGCCUAAAGGGUCUGUGCACAACCGCAACUGCGCUGAAGCAGCUCAACGAGAUCUCGCCUACAUUGUACCCAGCACUCCUUGCUAUGCUGUUUGACGAGGAACACAAGGGCCCGAGCGAGUUUACUACGCGUGAGCUCAUCAUCGAGAUCAUCUUUGCCCAUAUCUCCAUGGCCCCGGAGGAAGAACUCGAAACACGCGCCACUCAGUUGCUGAACUAUCUCAAAGAUCCCGUCAAGGAGAAGGAGUCCUCCACGGUGCCCUUCAUCCUGCAAAUGUACCAACCUCGUCCGUACCAGGUAUGGUGCAAGGAGAUGAGCAACGUCACCAAAGAAGUCUUCUGGAUCUUCAUCCACCACCUCAACGUGGUCCCCGUCCCUCCUGCUCCCAAGGACUCUGCCAAAUCCUACGCCAAAACCCAUUUCCCCGGUCAACGCGCCAUCGUCCCAGCAGCUCCAUACGUCGGCGGCGUAGAAUGGGAUGCCACCAACUACCUCGCCACCCACAUCGAUCUCCUCAACGGCCUCAUCGCCUCCCUCCCCACCCGCGAAGCACGCAAUACCCUACGCCAGGAAUUCAAAGUUUCGGGCUUUGAAAAAUUGAUGGGUCACUUGCGCGCUUGCAAUCCAAAGUACUAUGGUGCCGUGCAUGACAGCGUCAAGGUGUGGAUUGGCGCCGCGCUCGAAGAUGACUGGGACGUCAAGACUGUGCGCAUGGGUGCGGGCGAUGGGAAGAGCGCGGUCAGCUCGCCUGUCAAGCAAAGUCCGAAGAAGAAGGCCGAGUUGGCGCCGCAGAUUCAGGCCCCGAAGUUUGAUCUGGGGCUCGGGUUUGAUAAGGAGAUUGGUGUUGGUGUAGGUGUGAAGAAGGAUGAUGAUGAUUGGAUUUGA